AUGGACGGUGACCCGGGCGUGGAACCGGAGGUCGAUGCCUUCAGUCUCGUGCUUCCUCUCCCUUUUCGAGUGGGCAUCAUUCUGGUGUUAGGAGUAUGGGCUUGGGCGUUGAACCUCCACUACCUUCACUUGGUCAAAAUUGAUGUCCCUGCACUGAUUCGUUAUCCUCAUCGUGCCUCACAAUACCACGUCUCUCAUCAUCACUCGACUUACCGCCUGGCGACCUUCCUUACUGUACCGCUGGUGGUGUCGCUCCUCCUCUUCUGGGCUAUAACACGGGGGGAUCGUGCCACGGUUCUUGGAUGGCAGCGGAUACCCCAACUAUACCUCAUCUUCCUCGUUUUGUCCUUUGCCGUUCCUUUACAUCGUCUGUCGAAGGGAGGUCGGUCUCGCUUCGUUCAGACCCUUCGCAGAAUCAGCAUAGGUGGAAUUGCAGAAGCACAAGAUGGCAAAUUUGGUGACAUACUGCUUGCGGAUGCCCUUACCAGCUAUGCGAAGGUUCUGGGCGACUGGUUCGUCUCGACCUGCAUGAUGUUUUCCGCUACAACUUCCAGCACGGCCAAGCCCAAUCGUGGAUGCGGCGGCGCCUACAUUGUCCCGAUCAUUAUCAGCAUCCCCAGUAUUAUCCGUCUAAGGCAAUGCUUGAUCGAAUACUCCCGAGUCCGCCGUAAUCCGACAGCAAGCAGCGGUUGGGGAGGUCAGCAUCUUGCCAAUGCUCUAAAAUAUUCGACUGCAUUCCCUGUCAUAUUUCUGAGCGCUCUACAGCGAGGCUACGAUCCGACAACGUUCCACGUGACGGAAGCUGGGCUCUUCCGCCUGUGGCUUGUGGCUGUCUUCGUCAACUCUUUUUAUUCCUUUUACUGGGAUGUCGCCAAAGACUGGGACCUUACUCUAUUCUCCUCGGCUCUCGAACGCAAUGAUCCUGAACAUCCUUACGGCCUCAGGCGGCAUCGGUACUUUCAUUCUAACAACAUGUAUUAUGUGGCCAUUGGAGUCGACCUCUGCCUACGCUGCACUUGGAGCUUCAAGCUGUCGCCCCACUUGGACCACUUCAACGACCUGGAGGGUGGUAUUUUCCUCAUGGAGUUUCUCGAGGUCUGGAGACGCUGGAUGUGGAUUUUCUUCCGCGUGGAGACGGAAUGGGUGCGUACAAGUCGUGGACCAGCUCCGGAUGAUAUAUUGCUAGGCGAGUUUGGAAAGAUAGACGAGGACUGA